GAUGUUCUCCGCUAGGCGCACGUGUGCGGAUUGGUUGGCUGCCCUCGUGUGAGGGAAGAGUAGACGGCUGUCAGACUCUUCUUUUUGAAUUUUCUCAUACUUGGAUUUUUGUUUUGUCGACGUCCUGGUGACUCUAAAGAGAAGAUGGCCCAAAAGAAGAAAAGAUUCACUAAAAAGAGAAAGUCGACGCAGCGUGGGAAGGCAGCCGAGUCCGAUUCCGAUGGCGGCGAGUUCGAGGUGGCCACUGGAGUUAGUGAGAUGGCGGCCUUGGAAUCUAAACAGAUUUUACCCAGCUUUCCAACAACAGAAUGCAUGUCUGAUGUUGAGCCAGACACCAGGGAGCUGGUACGAGCUCAGAACAAGAAAAAGAAGAAGUCGGGAGGUUUCCAGUCCAUGGGAUUGAGUUACCCCGUCUACAAAGGUGUGAUCAAGAAGGGAUACAAAGUCCCCACGCCAAUUCAACGCAAGACGAUUCCACUCAUCCUAGAUGGUAAAGAUGUGGUGGCCAUGGCACGUACAGGCAGUGGAAAGACCGCAGCAUUCCUAAUCCCAAUGUUCCAACGCCUGCAAGCUCCAUCUGCACAAACGGGCGCCCGUGCUGUCAUCCUUUCACCUACGCGAGAGCUGGCACUGCAGACCUUGAAGUUUACCAAGGAGCUUGGCAAAUUCACUGGUUUAAAGACUGCAAUUAUUCUUGGUGGUGAUCGAAUGGAAGAUCAGUUUGCAGCUCUACAUGAGAACCCUGACAUAAUCAUUGCAACACCUGGACGUCUCAUGCAUGUAGCAGCUGAAAUGAACUUAAAGUUGAAUAAUGUUGAGUAUGUUGUCUUUGAUGAAGCUGACCGGCUUUUUGAGAUGGGGUUUGCCAGUCAACUGCAGGAGAUCAUUCGAAGACUCCCAGAGAACAGACAGACGGUGCUCUUUUCUGCCACCCUCCCCAAGCAAUUGGUUGAAUUUGCCAGUGCCGGUUUAAUUGAUCCAGUUUUAGUUCGACUUGAUGUGGACACCAAACUAAGUGAGCAGUUGAAGUUAGCGUUUUUCUAUCUGAGGACAGAUGACAAGCCAGCUUUCCUGCUCCACAUGUUGCGGAAUGUUGUGAAACCCCAAGAACAGACCGUUGUUUUUGUAGCUACAAGACAUCAUGUAGAAUAUCUGAAGGAGUUGCUGGCAUAUAAUGGGAUUGACUGUGCAUAUAUCUACAGUGCACUGGACCAAACCGCCAGGAAGAUCAAUAUUGGGAAGUUUACACAUAGGAAGGCAAUGGUGAUGAUUGUGACUGAUGUUGCUGCCCGUGGUAUAGACAUCCCAAUGCUGGACAAUGUCAUCAAUUACAACUUCCCUUGCAAAGCUAAGCUGUUCCUGCAUAGAGUUGGUCGUGUUGCAAGAGCUGGUAGGUGUGGAACGGCAUACAGCCUCAUAUCUGCUGACGAGCUGGCGUUUGUGUUUGAUUUGAAUCUCUUCCUGGGCAGACCCAUGCGUUUUGCAGGAGCCCAUGGUACUGAUAAAGAUGAGGAUGGUGUUUUGGGCCGAGUGCCUCAAUGUAUUUUGGACGAUGAAGAAGCCACAGUUGAACGCGCCCAUGAGAAUUGUUUAGACUUGCACAAUUUAAAACGUGUUUCUGAGAAUGCCUACAAGCAGUAUCUGAAGUCCCGGCCAAACCCUUCUCCAGAGUCUAUUAAGCGUGCCAAAGAAACGGACUACUCUGCACUUGAUAUCCAUCCACUGCUUGGUUCCCAACUUGAAAACAUAGAACUUGUACGAUUAAAAAUGGUGGACAGUGUAAAGUGCUACAAAUCCAAAGCUACCAUUUUUGAAAUAAACUCGACCAGUAAGACGAACGCCAAUGAGGUCAUGCGGGCCAAACGCCUUCGAGAUAAAAAGUUGGUUGACAGUUUUCAAAGACGGCAUGAAGAAAAGGUAGAGGAGAAGCUCCGAGUGCAGACCUUGCCUACCAGUAUGACGUGGGAAGAUGACCAGGAAGAAAUCGAAAAUGUGUUUUCUGAAGUUGUGGGAGGAAAGCGGAAGAAGCCACAGAAUGAAAAAAAUGUUCCAAUGAAGAAGACCAAAAUAUCGAACAGUGACAAAGAGUUUUAUAUUCCGUAUCGACCCAAAGAUUUUGACUCCGAGAGGGGACUUAGUAUGAAGGGAGACGGCUCCAGUUUUGAACGCCAGGCAUCCAGUGCUAUGCUGGAUCUUUUGGGAGAUGAGGAGAAGAACAUGAAUCAACACAAGAGUAUGAUGAAAUGGGAUCGCAAGAGGAAACGAUUUGUCAGAGAAACCGGAAAGGAGGAUAAGAAGAAACUGAAAACUGAAAGUGGACAGCUCAUCAAACGCUCCUACAAGAAAAACAUCUAUGAGGACUGGAAGAAGAAAUACAAAUUUGAUGAUGCUGGAUCCGGUAAUGAUUCUGAUGGAGGUUCACGUGGCAACAGAGGUUCAGCAGGAGGAGGGAGGAGGCGUCGAGGAGGUCCUGCUCCUCAAAGACCGGGAUCAGCUCCAAAAGGCCGGUCAGAGCUUAAAACAAAAGAUCAGAUUCUCAAGCAGCGUAAGAAGAAAGCAAAACAGCAGUUCCUACAGAGUGGGGCAUUAAAGAAACUCCGGAGGAGAAACCGCCACCGGCUGCAAGAAGUCAAGUCCUCUGGAUUUGGUAGGGGAGGUGGCAAAAAGGGCAAACUAAGAAAACGAUUAUAAAAUGACAGGCAUUUAACUGCACCAGUCACUCCACCACCUCUGAACUGGACGAGAUUAUCGGCACAAAGACGACGCUUUACUCCUUGGCAAGAAGAGCCCGUGCCAACUCUUGUCAAACAGCUGAUGUAUGCCGGCACAAAUAAUUGUAUGCCAAGACUCGCAAUUCGGACAUUGGUGCACACUGAAGAGAAACGGAGAGUAAAGGGUUUGGCUACGAACGUCCUAGGCCCGCCUCGAAAUGCGUAAAUGUAAGGUAUCUCUGUAAAGUUGUACUGUUUGUAAAUUAAAGAAAAAUGUCCAUAUUA